UCCAAGAAAUGAUAAUCUGGUCAUAUUUUGAAACAACUACUCCACGCAUAUUUUCCACAAUUUGUAUUUUUCGCACGAUGACUUGAAACAGCUGCCCGUGAGUGACUUCUAGAUGUCAGGCGACAAAAUCUUAGGGGAAAGCGAAAGUGAAAGAAAGGCCGCCAUAACUGCCGCUGACGGAGUGGGCACUAGCUUGUUGACCAAGAAAGAUAGGUCUUUACUUGACAGUGUGUUCAUCUUAAUUGACGAAAACAUAAGAACGAUACGUUAUAGCCUGUAUGCAGUUGGAGCAAUAGGGGCAUUAAUACUGGCCAGAAGUCUUCAUGUGCACAAAAAAUUCACCAAGCUCUCUGACAUACCUGUGGAGUUUAUCACCAAGAACAUCUCAUUUCGUGGCCAUGUGAAGGCAGUGGAUAGAGGUCACCUACUCCAUGUGGAUCAUCUGCCCAUUUACACAUUAAGAUGGCUGCCAUCGGGAGAGGGGCUGUUGCCUGUAAGGCUGGCUGGGGUUCGCAUCAGCCCAGUGGGAUCUAAAUGGCUGGCUGAUAAGGUCAUGGGGAAUGUUGUCAAGGUCACUCCUCUCCAACUUGUUAAUGAUGCCAUGGACAGUGUUGUCUUUUUAGAAAAGGGCUUUUUACGCAGAUCGACAUGUGUUAACAAAGCCUUGAUAGAGCAGGGGUUGUGUAAGGUGGAUUACCCUGACACUUUACCCUCCUCAGAUGCUUACCGCAGACUGCUGGACAGCCUCAUCGCAUGCGAGACUCGAGCAGACAGAAAGGGGAAAGGCCUGUGGGGAAACAGGACGACUGACAUCACCAGCCAACAACGGCGCUGGAGUUUAAAGAAUUCAUGGAACUGGCUGUGUGGCAAAUUUGUAAAGCGAAAAAGUUAAUCCAUCAAAUCAGCUUAACUGUAGGUUACUUCAGUUUUAAUAGUGAUGUUAAAUCUCAUUCACAAGUCAGCAUUUGUCACAGUUUGCUGUGAGAAAUCAGGUCUUGUUUCACAAAGGAUUUCCCAGACUACACAACCCUGCCAAGGGCCUUAAUACACAAAGGAGAGCUUGAAUUGCUGGCGCAUUCUUGAACAGUUCACAUGGUUUCAAGGUGUUUAAUAAAGCGUACUCUGAUGGCAUUAUUCUGUGUUUACCGAUACAAUUUAUACCUUUUGUGAAGCCCUGAAAAAAGUGCAUAAACUGCAUUGAAAGUUGCUGUGUCGUGUAAACAUUGAGGAAUGAGGGUAGUGUAUUUCCAAGUUAA